AUGAUAAAUAACACACUUAAUUUUCAGUUGAAUAGUUUGGAUCUGCAGCCGGUGAGGGAUGAGCUGAAAAAUUUGAAGAAGCUCGUGCGCGACAGUAGAGAUAUGAUUGCUGUGCUUCAAUAUCGGCCGUCGCCUGAGAAAUUUCCGAUCAUAUUGAGCCAGGAUUGCGAUGAUCGCCGGGUGCAGGAGACUGUGGCAAACUUUGGCACCAGGGUUCGAUACAUAAAGCACAUGAGUGGUGAGAAUGCACAUAUCACGGUGCUGCCUGGACACAAGCGAUAUAUUACUUAUUAUCGAAUAGCACGGCACUACAAGCUAGGCUUAUCAUAUGUCUUUGAUACGCUGAAUUAUUCCAGCGUCAUUAUCACUGAAGAUGAUCUGGACAUCGCACCCGAUUUUUUCGAAUACUUCAGUGCCACUCGGCGGCUGCUUGAUAUUGACAAAACCCUGUACUGCGUGUCAGCUUGGAAUGAUAACGGCAAAGCGCACUUGAUUGAUAUGAGUCAACCAGAGCUGCUCUAUCGCAGUGAUUUCUUCCCUGGGCUCGGAUGGAUGAUGACCAGGUAA